AUGUGUGUGAUCACAGAUGAGGGGGAGGUGUACGUGUGGGACAUCCGCAGCAGCCGCUGCGUCAACAGGUUCACCGACGACGGUUGUGUGAAGGCGACGUCCAUCGCCGCCUCGCCCAACGGCCAGUACCUGGCCUGCGGCUCCCAGUCGGGCGUGGUGAACGUCUACUCCCAGGAGGCGUGUCUUACCUCAGCCAGCCCGAGGCCCCUGAGGGCGGUGAAGAACCUGCUGACCUCGGCCACCGCCCUCGCCUUCAACCCCACCUCCGAGAUCCUGGCCGUCGCCUCCCGCGCUGAGGACGAGGCCAUACGACUG